GCUCAGCCGAAGUGGGCGCGGCCCUCGAAGGAAGGAAGGAAUUCCGUGGGAACAUCAAGAGUAUUUUAAAUUCCGGCUCAUUUCUCAGGGAAACUGUGGACAAGGAAAGUUGUAAACUCUGGAAUUUUCGUUUCAGCCGCACUAGUGUGUCGGACGUUUUGGGCCGUCUGCUAAACAAUGGAACACCAGUACAUAUGGUGGCUUGCUGUCACAUCAACUCUGUAUUUAUGCUUCUCUGCUGACCUCACAGAAGGUAGAUGCAAAGGAUCAUGGGCCAUCCACGCUUGUUUAGGAGGUAACGGCAAACGAUCACCGCCCCUCGAACCCACGUUACAAAACAGCAUAUUCUUCAAGCGCCUUCGAGAUUUCCAGCGGUAUAAGGAUGAGUUGAAUCCGGCGGGUCUGACGAAUGCAGGACGCAUUCCCGACCCAAACUCCGACGUUCUAUCAACUGAAAAGAAAAUCCAAGAGGUUUUAUUCGACUUGGCACUCAAACAAUGGUUAACCAAUCAGGCGAGCGGAUUAGCUCUCCGCGAUGACGCUGUGGCGGAGGACGAUUGGUGAGCUCGCAACAGCUGUUCCAAUGUAUUUCAUUGGCUGAAAAGGCUGUUGAUGCCCCCAUGGAAAUAACUGGCAGAGUUGGAUUGAACAGCUGUUUUAUGCGGAGGAUUACUUGCAAAUACUGUUGUCAAUUUAUCAGCCUAUACUUGUUUUAACUUUUGCUUUUAAAAAAAAAAACAGCUUCCAGUAUUACAAUUCUGAAGUAAAGACACAUACGUGUUAAUAGAUUGCAACUGAAUUUCUAGUUUUCACAUUCAGCUGUUUCGUAUGAAACGCACAGUUACUGUCAGCAGUUUGCUCUUUCUUUCACACAUUUUAACGGAAAUUAUACGUGAGAAACUGCUAUCACAUAAGUGGAAUAAGCCAGCAAAUUAUUACUACGCUCUAUGCGUAAGAAACCGCUUAACAUAUCGUUAGUAUCGGACAACAAAAUAAUUCUAAGUUAAGAUAGAAGUUUUAUCUAUAUAUGUACAGUAUAUAGCACAAGAUUAUAUGUUUUCUUUUGUUUUGUAUCUUUUGUGUAACUACAUUUUCAUCUCGGUCCAAAUCAUGAUAGAGUUAACUUUUAUGAAAGGCUUGGGUAAAUUAUAUCCGUUAAUACUGAGGACCUUACAUUUUAUGUACACCUGUUUAUAUUAGGUGUACAGAUUUGGCUACUUAGUGUAUGUGCGUAUUUACAGCCUAUCUAUGGAGUUGUGCUUCUUUAGUCUUGAAAGUUAGUAAGCUGUGUUUACGUGUCAAGGCGUACAAGAAUAAGCAGUCAUCCUUGCUUGAUACCCAGCUUAGAUAUUGUUCAGAUCUGUUUGAAAAUAAUUCUGAUAUAUUUUUCCUCUGAAAAAAAAAUAAUGCAAAUAAAGACAAUU